AACCAGGUACAGGUAAUACUCAACAAUACUGAUGCCUUGUUUUUUUUGCUCUGUCCGGACCGCAACGCUGUAGCCAAUUUAGAUAUGCUAUAAAUUUAACAGGUUGCCAUGGCCACGGCGCGCCCAUUGGCCGGCGGGCCCCCUACGUGCUGCGCCACGUCACCAAAUCUGAAUAAGGAUGCGCGAAUUAGGCGGCGGCCAGACAAAGAUGAGGAUCGGGACCGCUUGAAAGUGGGGGAAAGUGCCGGCGCCUCCGCCACCGGGGAAAGCCGUUUGGCAGUGCCGAGGCCAGCAGCCACCGAAGACACCUGGGGGAGCCCGGAAUAAGCGCCGGGGCGCCCGACCCGUGGCAUGAGGUCGUGACCGCCACCACCCCUCACCCCACUCUGGGUAGCGAGCGCCAAGGACUUGACCGUCUGAGUCUUGGUCCGGACCGGAUUCGCCCGGCGGCGGCUGAGACAAGAGGCGGAGAGCAGCAGUCAGGCCAGGAGGCCCCAAGGGCCUGGGGCCCCAAAGGGAGGGCGAGGCGGCCCAAGCCGCCGGGACGCGGGGCUAUGAUGGUGCACUGUGCCGGUUGCGAGCGGCCCAUCCUCGACCGCUUUCUGCUGAACGUGCUGGACCGCGCGUGGCACAUCAAAUGUGUUCAGUGCUGCGAGUGUAAAACGAACCUCUCGGAGAAGUGCUUCUCGCGCGAGGGCAAGCUCUACUGCAAAAAUGACUUCUUCAGGCGCUUCGGCACGAAGUGCGCCGGCUGUGCGCAAGGCAUCUCGCCCAGCGACCUGGUGCGCAAAGCCCGGAGCAAAGUCUUCCACCUCAACUGCUUCACCUGUAUGGUGUGCAAUAAGCAGCUGUCCACCGGGGAGGAACUCUACGUCAUCGACGAGAAUAAGUUCGUGUGCAAGGACGACUACUUGAGCUCCUCCAGCCUCAAGGAGGGCAGCCUUAACUCAGUGUCAUCCUGUACGGACCGCAGUUUGUCCCCGGACCUCCAGGACCCAUUGCAGGACGACCCCAAGGAGACAGACAACUCGACCUCGUCGGACAAGGAGACGGCCAACAACGAGAACGAGGAGCAGAACUCGGGCACCAAACGGCGCGGCCCGCGCACCACCAUCAAAGCCAAGCAGCUGGAGACACUCAAGGCCGCCUUCGCCGCCACGCCCAAACCCACGCGCCACAUCCGAGAGCAGCUGGCCCAGGAGACGGGUCUCAACAUGCGGGUCAUCCAGGUGUGGUUUCAGAACCGACGGUCCAAAGAACGCCGCAUGAAACAGCUAAGCGCGCUGGGUGCCCGGAGACACGCCUUCUUCCGGAGUCCCCGGCGCAUGCGUCCGCUGGGCGGCCGCUUGGACGAGUCUGAAAUGUUGGGGUCCACCCCGUACACUUACUACGGAGACUACCAAGGCGACUACUACGCGCCAGGAGGUAACUACGACUUCUUCGCGCACGGCCCGCCGUCGCAGGCGCAGUCCCCGGCCGACUCCAGCUUCCUGGCCGCCUCGGGUCCCGGCUCGACGCCGCUGGGCGCACUGGAGCCGCCCCUCGCCGGCCCGCACGCCGGGGACAACCCCAGGUUCACCGACAUGAUCUCGCACCCGGACACGCCAAGCCCGGAGCCGGGGCUGCCGGGCGCGCUGCAUCCCAUGCCCGGCGAGGUGUUCAGCGGUGGGCCCAGCCCUCCGUUCCCCAUGAGCGGCACCAGCGGCUACAGCGGGGCGCUGUCGCACCCCAACCCCGAGCUCAACGAGGCGGCUGUGUGGUAAGGCGCGGGCCGGGCCGCCCCUGCGCUCGCCCUGGGGAGCCGCCCGGACACAGCUCAGCCCCUCCCCCCAAAACCAAAACGGACUUGGCCUGGGUCACCCUCAGGGGUCCUCUCUCGGGUCCGCAACCCAACCUGCAGCUGCUGCCGGGCUGCGCGCCGAGGGGGGCCGUCCCCCCAUCCUCCACCCCGCUGGCCCUCGGGGACCUCCAGCCCGCCACCAGCGCUCUCCAGCAGCCGUGAGCAAUUUCUUGGGACCAAAGUCAAUAUUCUGGAGAGUCAAGAGAUUCCAAGCACGC